AUGAGAAAUGAAGAUUGCUUUUCAUUCAAUGUCAAGAAAAUAAGUUCAAACUUGUUUUUAUGUGAGUUACUGAAUACGAGUAAGUUUCUAGACUCGGAGAAUUUGAUGAGGGACGAAAAUUUUGCUCACUGGUAUUUGCAGGUAAGCUAUAAAGCAAGCUAUAUAAACGCUAAACUAUAAACUAAGUUUACCUGUACAGUGGAUAUCUUAGUUCUAAACUGUUCUAAGAGAUCCAGUGAGGAGAUCCAUCCUUUACUGGUCCAAUUAGAUCUCUAUAUGGAGAACAGUUUAGAACUGAUACAGCUUUAUCCAGUAUAGAUAAAGUUAGUUCAGUAAAGACGUCUGUAAUCCUGGGGUCCGCGGUUUGGGCGGCGAACGUUUCACAGAAGAGCGCCGGGCGUCCAAAUAAAUUAAGUUUUGAUUAGGUUCGACACGGUAGAAAAUACGGCAAGUCAUGUCGUAUUAUGCUGACACAGGUUCGACAUGGGUUUAAAGACGCCGUGCUUUUCAUGCGCCGAAUUGAACCUAAUGCACAAAUUUUUUGAACGUACAUUAUCAUAUAAUAUAUUAGCAAUUUAGCACUGAAAUUUCUGAUAUACAGCCGUAGUUUACCGAUGUAUUUUUGGCACGGUACAAUUGAGUCCGACGUCUAAAUCAGUUGCCGAACUUGUGCCGUAUUUAAUUUUAUUAGGUUUGGCGCAUGAAAAGUUCCACUCGCAGAAAAAUAAUUUGUGCAAAUCUUUUUGAACAGUUCAAAAGUUCAAUAUGCAUCGAUAUUACUGUCGAAUAUAGUCUCUCAGAAUGCAGGAAUUUGCCAUUCCCGAGACCUAAUAGAUUUCAAAAUUUUUAGACCCCCUAAAGUUUUUGGCCAGGCCAAGGUAAAUGUGGCGCGUUUCGGCGUUCAACGCCUCGUCAGUGCAGCUUGGUACACGUCUAUAGAUACAUGAUAGAUGUGAUGGUAAUUGUGUCAGGCAUUAAACUGAUGUUGACUCGUAGCAAUGUUGUUCCAACAACUUGUCAACAGGAUGUGUUCGCAUGCACUGCUUAAUUGCUACAAAGCCUGUUGCGAACACAAGUUACGUGUGUUAAUCGUAUCUGUCGUCCGAUUUAAUUUAAUAUGAUAUACUUAUACUAGGAACCAUGUAGUCCCUCACCUUGUGAAAAGCACGGAAAAUGUGUCGUGAAUUCUGAUGGAACAGCUGGGUCAUGCAAAUGUUUUGAGAAGUACGAAGGGAAAAGAUGCGAAAUACGUAUUUUUGAUGGUAAGCCUGUCUGUCGCACACGUAAUUCAUGCUCCAAAAAAUGUAACCUUUGUGGGUUAGGAUAAACGACAUAUAGUCAAGAAAGUAAUAUCACAAUUGUCAAGGCCUGUAUGGAGAAAUGACAGAUGGUUGUUGGUGACAAAAAGUUUUGUGUGGUAUCGUUCGUAUAUAUAACAGUGGUUGGGCUGGCGGUAUUCUUUCGCAGAAACAUUUCGUAUUUUUCCACCCCUAGACUGCAUUUCGUGCGUUUUCUGAAACAGAUUUUUGGAUAUAGCCUACACUGAAUGUUAUGUUUAUCUAAAUUCCACAACUCGGUUACUAACUUGUUUAGAGUCAAACCUCCCUUCUAAAUUCCAUUUUUCUUCCAAUAUUUUGCUUAUAUUUCAGAGAAAAGGGACCUUGACUAGGAGGGGGGAAAAAUGGUUGACUGGGGGCCACCAUGGGGCUGGGGGCUUUUGCCCAUCCGGUUAUAUAGUUAAAAAAGCCCUGACAAUUGUUGUAAAGAUAAUAAUAGUCUUUAUAUACACUGUUAAAAACCCCAAAAUACUGGCAGCUGGGACGCCACAGAAUGACAGUUAUUUUACAGACACAGUUUUUUAACUGUAUUUAUACCGUAAAAAGGAUGUAAUUCAAACAUCUUUCAAAUAACAGAUUUCUUUUUAAAUCCAGUCCGUUUUACCGUAAUUUACAAUUACAGAAUACUUAACUUACUGUAAAAGAUUACUGUCAAACACAUGCUAAAUAACAGAUUUCUUUUUAAAUAAUAAUAAUAAUUUAUUAAUUUAUAAAGCGCUAAACACUAUAAAUAUUCUAAAGCGCUAUCAUUACAAAUUCAAACUAGAGGGCACUCAGAGACUGCAUACCUCCGCCCACAUUAAAUUUCGGUCGUGCGAAAUGCAACUAAAACAAUAGACAAUUAGGGCUGAAGCUUAAUGAGGUUUAUUUUAGUCAUCUCAUUGUCUUCUUAGUACUGCGUGCAUACAUUAUACACGUCCUAAUUACGCAUUCAGUGAGUUUUUUAUAAUUGACCGGGAAAAGCAAGACAAAAUUUUGUUCAUUUCUCGUUCAAUUUUUAACCAAAUUCAACCAAAUUUUAAUCAGUUCUUCCUUAGCCGAUGGGAAAUGCAUUCAAAAAAUUUCGUAUGAAUAUGUUUGGUAUUUCUUGAGUUAUCGUGCUCACAGACAAACACACACACAUACACACACACAUACACACACACACAUACAAACCCAGAUGAUUACAUAACCUCCUGGCGGAGGUAAACAAACCCAGAUGAUUACAUAACCUUCUGGCGGAGGUAAUAAAAUGUUAUAAAAUAUGAGAUGAUACCUAUAUAUACAUGUUUAAAAUUUACUAUUAUAUUUAAAGAUAAAAUGCCUUUUUAAAAAAGAAAGGUCUUUUAAAAGUCUGUUUUUAAAAGUUUCCACUGUUGACGCCUCGCGAAUGUCAGCGGGAAGUUCAAAUUUACUAUUCUAUUUAAAGAUAAAAUGCCUUUUUAAAAAGAAAGGUUUUAAGUCUGCUUUUAAAAGUUUCCACUGUUGACUCUUCACGAAUGUCAGCGGGAAGUUCAUUCCACAAAAAUGGACCAGCCUUGGCAAAAGCUCUGUCGCCAAACGUUUUCCUCAUUGUCUUAGGAACUAUUAGCAAAUUUUGCUCAUUCGAGCGCAGGCUGUAGCAACCAAUAUGCUUAGGUGUCAGAAAGUCUGAGAUAUAAUAGAGUCCAUUAUACUGUAAUUUAUACGAUUACAGUAUACUUAUACUGUAAAAAAUAACAGUACAUUAUUUGGUAAAAGACCAAGAUAUUUUUAACAGAUACUGACUGUAUGAUUGUCUGAGUCGAGUUGUGUGUGGCUUUUUCUAUAUGUAUGUAACUGUGAAGUGAGCCCCCUAGAUGAGCAACCAGUAGCUCUUGGGCAAACUUCCUUUUCAAAUUAAAUAUUUAUUAAACAAAAAAAAAUUGCACAAAAGAAAUGUUCUUAAUCUUAUCUUCACUGAUUUCUUCACUGAUUUUGCAGACCCAAAUUUCAACUUUGCACUGAACAAACCUACGAGUCAGAAGACUAGGCCAAACGGGGGGUGGAAAGCAGUCGACGGAAACAGAAAUCCUGCAUGGUCAUCAGGCAGUUGCACUGCAACUCAAACCCUGCCGCGUAUCACUGACCCACAGUGGUGGAGAGUUGAUCUCGGCGAAGAGAUUCCACUUUCAAGAGUUGUGAUCACCAACAGAGGCGAUUGUUGUGGUGCGAGAUUAGGCAAUUUCGCCAUUAAGAUUGGAAACAGUUUAGAUAACGAUGGCUUAUCGAAUCCCACAUGCGCAGGGGAUAACCUGAGUGUUCCAACUGGCCAAACUAAAACAUUCGUAUGUACACCUUGGAUACGCGGGCAAUAUUUGGUAGUUCAGUCGUAUGUUAACGAUGUUUUGACUUUAUGUGAAGUUGAAGUUUACGCCUAUACUAUGAAAAUGAUUGUAUGA